GACCAUUGGGCGGUAACUCUGCCGAAAGCAGUUGAUAAAUGGGAAACUACAUUUUUUCCCUCACGCUCAUAAAUUCUUGUAAAGAGCGCUUUCUGUUUAUUUGGUGGGGGCAGACAAAGCAGAAGGGAGCGAGAAAGAAAGGGUAUUUGCCCUAAUUUGGUGUGCUAUAGGCGGAUUGGGGGUGGGAGGGAGGAUAUCCCUCUUAACUCGCAGGUUAAAGUGUCUCGCUGAGUGAAAAGUCAGAGGCAGGAGGACCGCGCCUACUUGUUUCAGCCCGAGCACUUCGACGCAAAGAUAACGGGACACUCCGACAAGAACCCAGUAAGGCUCAACAUAAGAAGGACAUCAGCUGUAGCGGUUCUGCAGUAACUGACAUUCGUUGUCUUCAAGUUGUGAGUUCAUCAUGGCAGUGGUGUUGCGUUCAUCUCCGCUCUUGUGGGCCCGUGUGGCCGGCAUGGUUUUCGCCUGCGUAGCGUUCAGCGUCGCACUGUACGGAGCCAUCCUGACUCACGGCACGGGUGACUGGUGCAUCUUCUGUUGGAGUUUCAGUUUCGUCGGCACUCUUUUGAUAGUCUUAGUAGAAAUGUUCGGCCUGCAGACCCGCGCCCCCGUCUCCUGGAAGAACUUUCCCAUCACGUUCGCCUGCUACGCCUCCCUCCUCUGCCUGUCCGCAUCCAUCAUCUUCCCCCUUUACUUCCUCAAAGGCUACGCGGGUCGCAGCGAGAUGAUCAACUGCCGUAUCGUGUCUACCGUGUUCUCCUGCCUGGCCACCAUUGCGUACCUGAGCGAAGUGAGUCUCAGCAAGGCCCGUCCGGGAGAGGUCACCGGCUACAUGGCCACUGCGCCGGGACUUCUGAAAGUGUGCGAGACCUUCGUCGCCUGCAUCAUAUUCGUCUUCAUCAGCGAGCCCGUAUCGUACGACCAGAACGGGGCAACCAAGUGGUGCCUGGCAGUCUACUGCAUCUGCUUCAUAUUGUCGGCCGGCAUCAUCGUGAUGUGCGUAGGGGAGUGCACAGGCUUCCUGCCCUUCUCCUUCGCCCGCUUCCUGUCCUCGUACGCCCUCCUGGCGGUGGGCUUGUAUCUGUCCGCCACCAUCAUCUGGCCCAUAUAUAAGUUUGAUGAGAAGCACGGAGGUCGAAGCAACAGACCCAACAGCUGCGGCUCCAGCAGCGGCCUGUGCCCGUGGGAUAAGCUCCUGGCAAUCUCGGUGCUCAGCGCUGUCAACUUCAUUCUGUAUCUGGCCGAUCUCAUCUACUCGGCCAGACUGGUGUUUGUUGCCGCUUAAGGUGUUUAGCAAGACAGAGGGAUACAGGAAGUAGACAAUUAAAGAAAAUAUAUGGUAGAGAGAGGGAAGUGGAGAGUUGAGAUAGGUCUUCAGUAUAUUCAGUGUUAUUUGUUUUUUAGCUUUGUUUUAGUCAUCCUUGUUUAGUGACUUAAUCAAUCAAGCGUACAGGAAGCAAAUGAAGUUUGACUUGACAUAAUGUUUUUUUUUCUACAAGAUAAACAAAGUCAACAGUUGAGACACACCACUCAAUUUGUAUGCAUGUUAACUUUAGUAUUGUAUGGAAUCAGCUAUGAAGGAGAAAUUGAAGAUAUUGUGUAAUCGCCAAAACGUGUUCAUGAGUUUUUUAACAGAAUUGAAGGAAUUUCAGUAUAUGCUGGACACUUGUUGCCUUUUCUUUUACAAUCAGGUCUAACUCAUCUUUAAAAGUUGGAUUUGCACGCAGAACUAAUUUUAAAUUGCACGUAAACAAAUAAAUUAAAGCAUGUUAACAUCACGAGAAACAUGCAUUCAAGUGUAUCCAAACAUUUGACUGAUGCUGCAUUUACUCAUUUUUUUAAUAAAUGAUUUUUGUACAUUU